AUGGCAUCGAAGACGAAGCAGCCCCUCAAAUCAGGGACGACCGGCAACGCGAAGAAACGGAAGUCAACAGGGCCCGCCGAUGGCGAUGCGUCUGCGAAGAAGAAGCAGCCGCGACUGGACAGCUUCUUUGCGCCCAGGGUCGAGCUGAGCGCGACGUGCGGGACCGACAAGAAGACGCACGUCGCGCAGCUGAGCGAUGAGCAGAACGCGGUGCUCCGCAUGGUGCUGGACGACGAGAAGAGCGUGUUCUUCACUGGGUCCGCUGGAACGGGCAAGUCGUUGCUCCUCCGCGCUAUCAUCUCCUCCCUGCGCAAGAAGUAUGCGAAGAAACCCGACGCGGUGGCAGUGACCGCGAGCACGGGGAUGGCGGCGUCCAAUGUUGGAGGGAUGACGAUACAUUCGUGGGGCGCUGUCACCCCUAGCAACAGCGAUGUCGACGCUCAGAUUCGGUGCAUACGUUUCGCCAAGCCCGCGUUGCAGCGUUGGAAGAACACCAAGGUGCUCAUCAUCGAUGAAGUGUCCAUGGUGGAUGGUCACCUUUUCGACACGCUCGAAGCAAUUGCUACCAAGCUACGGAAGAAGACGGACAAGCCAUUUGGUGGCCUCCAGCUGGUCGUGACGGGCGACUUCUUUCAACUACCACCUGUCUGCAAGGGAGAGCCGUUCUUUGCGUUUGAGAGCAACUCCUGGACAAAGUGCAUCGAGCACACCAUCAACCUUACCCAGGUCUUCCGUCAGAAAGACAAUAAAUUCGUCGACUUGCUCAACGAAAUGCGUUACGGCUCCAUCUCUCCUGCCACGGCGCAGGCCUUCAAAGCCCUCGCGCGCCCCAUCCCACCGCCGCCUGCGAGCAUGCCCAACAUCCAGCCAACCGAGCUCUUCCCGAUGCGCCACGAAGUUACAAAUGCCAACCAAGCCCGGCUCCGCGCGCUUCCCCAUCGGACGUACAUCUUCCAAGCGCACGACACGUUUCCGCAAGCUAACAAGUCCGCCUCGUCUGCGAGAAGAUCCUCUUCCUCUUCGUCCUCGUCAACAUCUUCCCCUGCAUCGUCGACUGCUACAGCUUCCCCCACGUCGAGUAGCACGUCCGCGACCUCUGUCGCGUCCAGCUCUAAAUCGUCUGCCCUGGGCUCGAGGCAAAAUGCGCAGACAGAUCAGGCCAAGCGACGACAAGAGGGCCUGCUGGCGGGUGUGCUUGCGGAGAAGACGCUUGAGCUUAAGAAGGGAGCGCAGGUCAUGCUCGUCAAGAACAUCGACGAGAUGCUGGUGAACGGGUGUGUCGGCAAGGUCGUUGGGUUCGCGACUUAUCGCGAGGUCAUCACCGCACGGAACGAGCUCGCACGGGCAGAGUUGGGAAGCGCUGUCCAUGCGGAUAGUGUGGUUACGCCCAAGGUGGAGAAAGGAAAGGUGUCAAAGGAGAAGGAGAAAGACGUGAAGACCGAGAAGGCGCGUGAAGGGGAGGGGAAAUCCGACGUGAAGGAGGAAAAUGACAAGAAGAGCAAGGCCGCGAAGCUCGUUGUCAAAUCCACAGGCGUCAUCCGCAAGGUCCGCGUCGACCCCGGCGGCGCGCUCAUUACCGUCAGCACCGUCAAGGAGAACCUCGACCCCUCCUCUUCAUCUCCACGCACCACCUCUCCCGCGUCCGCAGCUGCAAGUAGCAUCUCCGCCCCCGCCAAACCGUGUUCGCCCCCAUCCACCUCCACCACCUCGCACCCAUCCGAGCGCGACGAAGAACGCUUCCCCCUCGUCGAAUUUCCCACCCCACAAGGCGGACGCGAAGCCGUGCUCGUGCUGCGCGACGAAUUCCGCGUCGAAGACGCCUCCGACGCUGGGCGCCUGCUCGCGCGGCGCGUGCAGGUGCCGCUCGUGCUCGCGUGGGCGAUGUCGAUCCACAAGGCGCAGGGGCAGACGAUACAGCGCGUGCGCGUCGAUCUGGGGCGGGUGUUUGAGAAGGGGCAGAGCUAUGUUGCGCUGUCGCGCGCGGCGGCGGUGGAGGGGCUGCAGGUGCUCAAUUUUGAUGCGAGGAGGGUGGUUGCGCAUCCGAAGGUGGUGAGGUGGAGUAAGGGGCUGGUGCAGGCGGGGGCGAAGGGCGGGACGGGUGCGGUGGGGGUGGCUGGGGCUGCGACGGCUGUGAGUGGGGCUGCGACGGCUGUGGGUGCUGGGGAGGAGGCGGAGGAAGUGCGUAUGUAA